AAGCGUAAACUUCACUGAACAGGAACUGACGUUGUGUUCAGACUAGAUGGACAAAUUUUCCUACAGCAGAAAAAUGGAGAGCAGCAAAGACCGAACAGUUUGAAGGUGUCUGAAGUGUAUUCCCUCAGCAGAGCCAUCCUCAGACUAGCUGCUUCUCCAUGACUGAGGCACAGACCAGCUGACCCCAUGGCCCAGAUCUCCAGUGGCAACGGCCUCCUUCCUGGCUCGCCAGGCGUGAUGCGGCCCAGGGGAGUUGUGGGUAAGGAGGAGGCAUUGCGUAUGGAAGAGGAGGCCUUGGCCAAGCUGCAGCGAGAGAAACGGCACACACUCCCCACUUCUGCAUUGUCAUCAUCAUUGUCCUCCUCCUUCAGCAAACCCUCCCAAAAGCCAGAUGCUGCCGUUGCUGCUACCGCCACAGCCUCUGGUCGUCCCGAGAAGGACCUCAUUAUGUUUCCAGAGGCAGAGGCGAAGAAGCGCGGUGAGAAUGACAAACUCAAGACCAUCGACGUGAACAAGCUGACCACCGAAGAGCUGGAGAAAAUCCUGUUGGACACCUCGUUUGACACGAACAACAAGGUGACCCGCCCCUCCUUGCUCUUGGGGUGCAAUCUGAGCGCCUCGUACCCCGGGAGCCACGCCUACAGCCCCGUCCCUUUCCAGCACGUGGCCGGCUCCCCUUGGACCUCCUCCAUCUCAAUAUCCUCCACCUCAGGCCUCUCCACCCCCACGCACCCUCAGGCGACGGUGUUCCAAUCCGCAUCCUUCCCCAAACCCGCCUGUCCCUUCCAGAAUGGCUUCACGCCCCCAAUGCCCGCUUUCCUCCCCAUGCCCUCUUACCAGCAGCCCUCCUUCAUGCCCUUCAACCCCAUUCAGGCUCCCGUGGUCUUCCAGCCCCCCGCCGUCUCUCCGGAGAUGGCAAAACUUUUUGACAAGAUCACCAGCACCUCGGAGUACCUGAAGAAUGAACGGUCCUCCAGCAUGGACCUGGACUCUGCCCCACCCAAAUCCCUCGAGCCGGCGCCGCCCCCCGCACCUGUGGAACCCCCCAGCAUCAGUUGCUUUGAGUGGCUGGACCUGGACCCGCUCAGCAUGCGGAGGGGGGAGCAGGAGGAGGAGGCGGCAGCGGCGGCACCCCAAGGCUCCUCGUGCCCCUCCAGAACGGGGAGUUGUGAGGAGGGCGGGGCAGCGAGGGACCCCUGGGACGCUGUGCUGCUGGAUGAGCCAGAGGCCGGGUGCGGGGCCAGCAGAACACCUGACCAGGUGAAAACGGCACAUGCCUCCACUGCUUCCCAGCGCCGAGCCUCCACAGGAACGACGGUCACCAGAAGCCACUCCCUCAACAUCCCAGCAACCUCAUCGCAUCCCCAUAACAACCAGCUCAAUAAGGGAAGUGUGAAAGUGCUCACCAAGUACCCCACCCUUCUGGACAAGGAGGCCCAGAACCUAGAAGUUGUAGCCUUCUGUGAAGACGCUGCAAUAUUGAGGUCAAAGUUCAUGCAUAGUGACCUCUCGACGAACCCUGGAUAUGUCUUGAGCCCUGUGAUUCCACAGAGGGAUGACGGCAGAGACAACAACAGCAGUGUGAAGGUUUCCAUAGAGAUCUCUGACUCCCUGCAGCCUGUCACCUUCACCUGUGAUGUGAGUUCUCCGGUGGAGUUGCUGAUCAUGCAGGCUCUCUGUUGGGUCCAUGAUGACCUGAACCAGGUAGACAUCAGCAGUUACGUGCUCAAGGUCUGUGGCCAGGAGGAGGUUCUGCAGAAUAAGCACAGCCUGGGCAGCCACGAGUAUGUGCAGAACUGCAGGAAGUGGGAAGCCGAGAUUAAACUCCAGCUGCUGCCUCAGAUCACCAUGAGACGAGACCUGGCCCGCACGGCAGAGGAUGACACGUCUCCCAUUGACCUGGAGAAGUACAUGGGCAACGUGGAAAGGCCGUUUAAAGAGACCAUCACUCGACAGGGCCUGGCCGACUAUCUGGAGGGCUACCACAAUCAAGUCAACAUCUGCCUUCAGAAUGAGGGCACGCAGUAUAAGACCGUGGACCGCGUGGUGCAGUCUGUGAAGAACCUGUGCUGCGCUCUGGACGAAGUGGAGACGCCACCCAUCACCGACGCGGUGAAACGGCUCAAGCGGGCCGUGAACAUGCCCCGCACCCGGUCACCUGAGAAUGGCUCCAAAUCCACUGGCGGCUCAGGAGAUGGCGCCCGUAGUCCUGUGGAGGAGAGCAUGGCCACCCUGACAGACGCCGUCUACCAGCUGGCCAAGCUCUACCUGCGAUCCUUCUGCCCCCCCUCCCCUCCUCCCCCCACGGAGUCCGCCUCCCCCCACGUGGGACGGCGGGACAGCUGCGAGGCCUCGGGCACCACUGAGCACCUCAAGUUCACUGUGUUUGCGGUUCACGGCGUCCCGGCCGCCUGGGUUAGCAGCUAUGAAAAAUACUACCUGAUGUGUGCCCUGACUCACAACACCAGGAAUCUAUUCAAGCCGGUGCAGUCCAAGAAAGUGGGGACCUACAAGUGCUUCUUCUACCACAUCAAAUGGGACGAGCUGAUCAACUUCCCCAUCGCCGUGGCCCUGCUGCCCCUGGAGGCCAAGCUCACCCUGUCCCUGUAUGGCGUGCUCAGCCAGAGCGCCAGCGGCUCGCCCGACUCCAACAAGCAGCGCAAGGGAGCCGAGCUACUGGGAAAGGUCUCCGCGCCACUGUUCGACUUCCAGAGGGUUCUGGCCCGUGGGACCAUGCUGCUAAGCCUGACUUCUUCCUCAGAGGAGUCUUCGUCAACGCCUGUUGGCCGCAGGAGAAACUUGGCUGAGAGAAUCAUCCUGCAGGUGGAUUUUCCCACUCCAGCAGUGGAUGUCCUGUAUGUUGGUCCUCAGGAGGCGACCAAUGGGAAACUCCCCCAAAAUGUGGAGACGCUGGACUCUGACCUCCGGAGGAAAGUGGAGAAGCUCUGCUCCCGUGCCUCCGCCUUUGGGUUGACGCGUGCUGAUCGGCAGCUGCUCUGGGACCAGCGGCACCACUGCCGGGGGCUGGAGGGCUCUCUGCCUAAAGUGCUCGCUAGCGCCCCCAGCUGGGACUGGGGCAGCAUGGCAGAGAUUCACGCCCUCCUGCACAACUGGCCAUCACUCAGCCCUGUGUCUUCGCUGGAGCUGCUCGACUCCAAGUUUGCAGACACAGAGGUGCGGUCCGUGGCCGUCGGCUGGAUCGAGAGCAGCACUGACGACGAGCUGGCUGACUACCUGCCUCAGCUGGUGCAGGCUCUGAAGUUUGAGUGUCACCUGAAGAAUGCUCUGGUAAUGUUUCUGCUGUCUCGAGCACAAGGGAACGUGAACAUUGCACAUUAUCUUUACUGGCUGCUAAGGGAUUCUGUCCAGGACCCGGCGUUCGGGCGGCGCUAUGACCAGGUUCUGGGCGCGCUACUGUGCCUGUGUGGGGCGGGCCUUCGCACCGAGCUGGACAAACAGACGCGGCUGGUCCAGCUGCUUGGGGACCUGGCGGAGAAAGUCCGACAGGCUGGAAGCUCCACCAGACAGGCGGUCCUCCAUGAGGGUCUGGAGAGAGUGCAGUCAUUCUUCCAGAGGCACAGCUGCAGGCUACCCCUGAGCCCCAGCCUUGUGGCCAAGGAGCUCAACGUGAAGGCCUGCUCUUUCUUCAACUCAAAUGCUGUACCCCUAAAGGUUGCACUGGUCAACGCAGACCCCCUGGGGGAGGAGAUCAACGUCAUGUUUAAGUCGGGUGAGGAUUUGCGUCAGGACAUGCUGGCGCUGCAGAUGAUUCGCAUCAUGGACCGCAUCUGGCUGCAGGAAGGGCUGGACUUGCGUAUUGUCAACUUCAAGUGCAUCUCUACCGGCAAAGACAAAGGUAUGGUGGAGCUGGUGCCGUCCUCGGACACCCUGCGGAAGAUCCAGGUGGAGUACGGCGUGACCGGCUCCUUCAAGGACAAGCCCAUAGCGGAGUGGCUGCGCAAGUACAACCCUGGAGAGGAUGAGUAUGAGAAGGCCUCUGAGAACUUCAUCUACUCGUGUGCUGGCUGCUGUGUGGCCACCUACCUGCUGGGCAUCUGUGAUCGCCACAACGACAACAUCAUGCUUCGCACCACAGGGCACAUGUUCCACAUCGACUUCGGCAAGUUCCUGGGCCACGCGCAGAUGAUCGGAAGCUUCAAAAGGGACCGGGCCCCGUUUGUGCUGACCUCUGACAUGGCGUAUGUUAUCAAUGGAGGCGAGCGGCCCACCAGCCGCUUCCAGCUGUUUGUGGACCUGUGCUGCCAGGCCUAUAACCUCAUCCGCAAGCACGCGGGCCUCUUCCUCAACCUGCUCUCCCUGAUGACGCAGUCUGGCCUGCCGGAGCUGACUGGGGCUCAGGACCUGAAGUAUGUGUACGACGCCCUGCAGCCUCAGACCACCGAGGCCGAGGCCACCAUCUUCUUCACCAGGUUGAUUGAGUCGAGUCUGGGGAGUGUGGCCACCAAGUUUAACUUCUUCAUCCACAACCUGGCCCAGAUGCGUUUCUCUGGGCUGCCAUCUAACGACGAGCCAAUCCUGUCCUUCUCCCUGCGCACCUACUCGCUCAAGCAGGACGGCCGCAUAAGGGACGCCUCCAUCUUCUCCUUCCAGAAGAGAUACAACCCCGACAAGCACUACACCUAUGUGGUGCGAAUCCUCAGGGAGGGCCAGAGUGAACCUCAGUUUAUCUUCCGCACUUUCGACGAGUUCCAGGAGCUGCACAACAAGCUGAUCAUCCUCUUCCCUCUGUGGAAGCUCCCCGGGUUUCCCAAUAAGAUGGUUCUGGGGCGCACACACAUCAAGGAUGUGGCGGCCAAGCGCAAACGCGAGCUGAACAGCUACGUGCACAACUUGAUGAGAAGCUCGACCGAGGUCACACAGUGUGAUAUCAUCUAUACAUUCUUCCACCCUAUCGCAAGGGAUGACAAAACUGAGGGGUUGGAGUCACUGCCCAAAGUACCAGAGCCACCACCUCUGAGCCCUGCCUCAGGCCGUGUGGAAGGAGAGGUGAAGGUAUCGGUGUCCUACAGGAACAGCACUCUCUUCAUCAUGGUCAUGCACAUUAAAGACCUGAUGUCAGAUGAGGGGGCGGACCCCAAUCCCUAUGUGAAGACCUACUUGCUCCCAGACCCCCACAAAACCUCCAAACGUAAAACCAAGAUCGCCAGGAAAACCAGGAAUCCCACUUACAAUGAGAUGCUUGUGUACAGUAACCUCAGUAAAGAAACGCUGAGCCAGCGGGAGCUUCAACUGAGCGUGCUCAGUGCGGAGUCUCUGCGUGAGAACUGUUACUUGGGCGGAGUCACCCUCAGCCUCAAGGACUUUGACCUGAGCAAAGAGACCGUCAAGUGGUACAAGCUCACAGCUGUAUCCUAUUUCUGAACCAAUCAGAACGCAGUCGCAUAAUAGCUAACCAGCCACAGCAGACGAUGGCAACAGGACUCAACAGCACCCUCUAAGGGUCACUCCAUCUCUCUCUCUUUCUCUUUUUCUCUCUUUCUCUCACUGUCUUUUCUGUCUAUAGAUCUCUCUCCUUCAUGCUCUCCCACUUGCAGACACUAAUCAUGGUUACCUCCUCGCAGGAGCACAGAUAUUUUUUUUUUCAAUCCCUCUUUCUUACUACAAAGAAGGUGUAAUGUUUUGUACAUUUUUGACAUUAGAGGACCAAAAUGGAUGAGUACUUAUUAAAGAGUAUAUAUAUAUAAAAACAAAUAUAUAUUAAAAGAAGUGGGUGGGUGUGGGUAGCAAUUUUUACACUAUACUUUUUUACAUACACAUAUAGGAAACAUUAUCUUUUUCAGAGCUGGCAAUAUUUUCUGUUUUCCCCCCCCCCCAUGUGGUCCUGACUUUGUGCCAAAAAAGAACUGUACUCAUUUCAUACCACUUUUCAAGGGGAACCAACACGGGUGCCUUGUUUCUCUUGUUUUAUUCUUUCUCCUCUAGUUCUCUUCUGCUCCUUUGCGGUAGGUUUCAUUUGCUUCUCACAGUGCUCAUGAUUUAAAAAUUCUGUAAAGUCUUCCUCAUGUGGGUGAGUGUUGAUUCUUGAAUGAACUUUUCCAUGUUUUUCUUUUUCUCUUUUUCCCUGUCCACCUUUCAGUUGUUUGUAAUGAGGAACAACUUCACUGUUAUUUUAUGAACAUAAGGGAAUGCCACACGUGGCUAUAAAUCUGAUGCCUGUUCUUCUGUGUGUAAAUCUGGGAUGAUGAGUUUAAGUGUGAGCUCUUUUUUAACGCGGACAGGGUUUUGCAUCUCACGCAUCCUGAGUAGAGACAUAAUCAUGUUCUUUUAAUGACUGUAAAAAAAAAUAAAAAAUAAAAAAACA